GCUAGGCUGUGUCGGGUUGCGAAGGGGGAGAAUAACGUCGGGUCGGGUCAGCGGGCGCUGCAGUAGUCGCCGCAGCGGCGAUGGGAGCGGUGGGGACGAGGCGGCGGCGGCGGCAGGAGGGGGAGCAGGGGCUGGUACAAGAGCAGCGGCUGGGGGCGGCCAGCAGCAGCAUUUACAGCAGCCGCCGCCGCCGCCAGUAAACGCGGACGGUACCCGAGGGGACUACCAAGCCGGCCGGCCCUCGAAGCCGCGCUCGGGUCCCGCCGCAGUCGGCGGCGGGGGAUGGGCAGGCGGCGGCGGUCCCGCUUGCUGAGGGUUGAUCCCUGCGGGUCCUGGCCCUGAGCUGGAUCCGAGCCCUCCACCCGAAAUCCCUGCGUCCGCCACGGCCCAGGUUAAAUGGAAACCAUCCUUGGGAGCUGGAUGCCUGUGUAGCCGUUUUAUCACAUCAGUGAAUUGCAAUGAGUGGAGGGGGAGAGCAACCGGAUAUUCUCAGUGUUGGAAUCCUGGUCAAAGAAAGAUGGAAAGUGUUGAGGAAGAUUGGGGGUGGGGGCUUUGGAGAAAUUUACGAUGCCUUGGACAUGCUUACCAGGGAAAAUGUUGCACUGAAGGUAGAAUCAGCUCAACAACCAAAACAAGUUCUGAAAAUGGAGGUGGCUGUUUUGAAAAAACUACAAGGGAAAGACCACGUUUGUAGAUUUAUUGGCUGUGGGAGGAAUGAUCGAUUCAACUAUGUGGUCAUGCAGUUGCAGGGUCGGAAUCUGGCAGAUCUACGCCGUAGCCAGUCCCGGGGCACAUUCACCAUUAGCACUACUCUUCGGUUGGGUAGACAGAUUCUCGAGUCUAUUGAGAGCAUCCAUUCUGUGGGAUUCUUGCACCGAGACAUCAAACCGUCGAACUUCGCCAUGGGUCGCUUUCCUAGUACAUGUAGGAAAUGUUACAUGCUUGAUUUUGGCUUGGCUCGACAAUUUACCAAUUCCUGUGGUGACGUCAGACCACCUCGAGCUGUGGCAGGCUUUCGAGGGACAGUUCGUUAUGCAUCAAUCAACGCUCAUCGAAACAGGGAAAUGGGAAGACAUGAUGACCUUUGGUCCUUAUUCUACAUGUUGGUGGAGUUUGUGGUUGGUCAGCUGCCUUGGAGAAAAAUAAAGGACAAGGAGCAAGUAGGUUCUAUUAAGGAGAGGUAUGACCACAGGCUUAUGUUGAAACAUCUCCCUCCAGAAUUCAGCAUCUUUUUGGAUCACAUCUCCUCUUUGGAUUAUUUUACAAAACCAGACUAUCAGCUUCUGACAUCCGUGUUUGACAACAGCAUCAAGACCUUUGGAGUAAUUGAGAGUGAUCCUUUUGACUGGGAGAAGACUGGAACAGAUGGUUCCCUGACCACCACCACUACUUCUACCACCCCUCAGCUGCACACCCGCCUGACCCCAGCGGCCAUCGGAAUUGCCAAUGCCACUCCCAUCCCAGGAGACUUGCUUCGGGAAAAUACAGAUGAGGUGUUUCCAGAUGAACAGCUUAGUGAUGGGGAGAAUGGCAUCCCUGUUGGUGUGUCACCAGAUAAAUUGCCGGGAUCUUUGGGACACCCACGUCCCCAGGAGAAGGAUGUCUGGGAAGAGAUGGAUGCCAACAGGAACAAGAUAAAGCUUGGGAUUUGUAAGGCUGCUACCGAGGAAGAGAAUAGCCACGGUCGAGUAAACGGUAUUCUGAAUGCUCCAAGCCUUGGUUCCCCAGUUCGUGUCCGCUCCGAGAUUACUCAGCCAGACAGAGAUGUUCCACUGGUGCGGAAGUUACGCUCCAUCCACAGCUUUGAGCUGGAAAAACGUCUGACACUGGAGUCAAAGCCAGAUACGGACAAGUUUCUUGAGACCUGCCUGGAGAAAAUGCAGAAAGAUUCCAGUGCAGGCAAGGAAUCUGUUCUCCCUUCUCUGCUUCAUAAGCCUUGUGUUCCCGCCGUGUCCCGUACUGACCACAUCUGGCACUAUGAUGAGGAAUAUCUUCCAGAUGCUUCAAAGCCUGCCUCUGCCAACACCCCUGAACAGGCAGAUGGCGGUGCCAGCAAUGGAUUUAUAGCAGUUAACUUGAGCUCCUGCAAGCAGGAGGUUGAUUCCAAAGAAUGGGUGAUUGUGGACAAGGAGCAGGACCUUCGGGAUUUUAGGACAAAUGAGGCUUUAGGUCAUAAAACAACUGGAAGCCCUUCUGAUGAGGAGCCUGAAGUCCUUCAAGUCCUAGAGGAAUCACCUCAAGAUGAGAAGCUCCUACUGGGUCCUUGGGCAGAAAGCAGUCACUUACAGAAAGAACCCUCAGGUGUGGUCUUAGCACUUUCUGGGGAAUGCCCUGCCACCGCCGCCUCAGAACAGUAUACGGGUGGGCUGGAACUCCAGACGGGGACUGCCGGCCAGUUUGCUGCAGUGACACCCACGAGUCCCAUGGAGGCGCAAGCAGAAGGACCCCUCACAGCGAUUACAAUUCCUAGACCCUCUGUGGCAUCCACACAGUCAACUUCAGGAAGCUUUCACUAUGGUCAACAGCAAGAGAAGAAGGACCUUCAGCCUGUGGAACCCACUGUGGAACUUUACUCUCCAAAGGAGAACUUCUCUGGCCUGGUUGUAACAGAAGGUGAACCUCAUAGUGGAGGAAGCAGAACAGAGUUGGGGCUGCAGAUAGAUCAUACUGGUCAUGACUUGUUAUCCAAUGUUAGAGAGUGUAACAAAUCUCAAGAUCUAGGACCAAAAGACCAUCCUGACCAUAACAGACUGGCUUUGAGAGAACUUGAGAGUCUCCCUAGGGAAACUGAAGAGAAAAGCAAUCUUCUAGGGUCAGAUAAUGAAGAUGAGAAGUUAAGUAAAGGGCAGCAUUAUAUUGAGAUCACCUCCCUUCCAGGAGACUUGGUAACUGUGGAAAGAGAUCACUCAGUUACCACUGAACCUCUUGAUGUGGCAAAGACACACACUUUUAGUGUAGUGCCAAAUCAAGACAAAAAUCAUGAGAUAAUGAAGCUUCUGGAGGUUGAAACUUCAGAAGUUUCUUCACGAGUCAUUGACCCACAUGUUGAAGGACAGAUAGGUCAGGUGGCAGCAAUGCAAAAAGGUAAGCCAUCUAAGGAUGAUGACCUCAGGAGUGCAGACUUGCCAGGUCAGCAGGGAGACCUGUCUACAUUUUUGCACCAAGAGGGUAAGAGAGAGAAAAUGGCCCCUAGAAAUGGGGAAUUAUUUCAUUCUGUUUCCGAGAGCGAACAUUGUCCCCCAUCCCGGAAGGAUGUGAUCAGGUCAUCCUUUGUAACUAGACACAGCCGAAUCCCUGUUUUAGCCCAAGAGAUAGACUCAACUUUUGAAUCAUCCUCUCCAGUCUCCGCAAAAGAAAAGCUCCUCCAAAAGAAAGCUUAUCAGCCAGACCUCGUCAGGCUUCUGGUGGAAAAAAGGCAACUCAAGUCUUUUCUUGGGGAUCUCUCAAGUGCCUCUGAUAAAUUGCUGGAGGAGAGACUAGCUACUGUUCCUGCCCCCUUUUCUGAGGAGGAGGUCUUUGCUCCCUUUUCAAGACUGGCUAUAGACUCGCACCUGAGCAGAUCAGCCGAAGACAGCUUUCUGUCACCCAUCAUCUCCCAGUCCAGAAAGAGCAAAAUCCCAAGGCCAGUUUCAUGGGUCAACACAGAUCAAGUCAGUAGCGCAACUUCAGCUCAGUUCUUGCCUCGGCCACCACCAGGAAAGCCUCCCACGAGGCCUGGAGUGGAAGCCAGGCUCCGCAGAUAUAAAGUCCUAGGGAGUAGCAAUUCUGACUCAGACCUGUUCUCCCGCCUGGCCCAAAUUCUUCAAAAUGGAUCUCAGAAGCCGCGGGGCACUCCUCAGUGCAAGAGUCCAGGAUCACCCCACAAUCCAAAAACACCACCCAAGAGUCCAGUUGUCCCCCGCAGAAGUCCCAGUGCCUCUCCUCGAAGCUCUUCCUUGCCUCGCACGUCCAGCUCCUCACCAUCCAGGGCUGCCCGGCCCCACCAUGACCAGAGGAGUUCGUCCCCGCAUCUGGGGAGAAGCAAGUCCCCUCCCAGCCACUCAGGAUCUUCUUCCUCCAGGAGGUCCUGCCAACAGGAGCACUGCAAACCCAGUAAGAAUGGCCUGAAAGGAUCCAGCAGCCUCCACCACCACUCGGCCAGCACUAAAGCCCCCCCCGGGAAGAGUAAGUCAGCCACUAAACUCAGCAGGUAGAAGCCGGGCUGCAUCUCUGUGAAAGGUGUGAGAUCUUCCUCCUCAGCCUGAUGCAUGUGUGUCCCUGUACUGUCUAUUUAAACAAUCAGUGUUGAUCUUCUCUUGCAAAAGAAAGAAACAUGAUAAAUUAUUUAUAAGAAGACAUAAAUUUAUGAUAAGGAAUUACCUAAGGCAGGCAGCAAGCAGAUCAGGAAUCAAUGCCUUUGCAUAGGAAGGGGCAAUCCAGCAAAAUCCAAGGGGGAGAUUAAAGGAACUCUCAUUUUUCAGCUGCCUUUGAAACAAAGGAGUUGAAGGUAGGAAAUGGAAUGGAAUUUUAAGGGGUUCGGCCUGUUUUUUUAAAGGCAUUGCUCAAAGAUUAUAUAGCAAAAGUGAAAUUUGUUGUUUUAAUAUUUUCGUUCAAAACUUCCCAACCUUGGAGAGUCAGAAUUGCUCCAGUAGGAGGAUAUAUAACGAGUCUGCUGCUGAGGAGCCAGUGCCCGUGUACACACGGCUCGUGUGUUUAUUCGUGUACUGGGAGUUCACACCUUGACUUUGCUUCACUCCUACUACCCUCCCUGCAUUUCAUGGUUUUUAAAGUUAGAGUAUCUCCCCGGACUCAAUCUCCCUUUUCUUACUUUAACAGUACCUUCUAAUACGCUUUUAGCAGCACAUGCUGAAAAUUUCCAAUCCAGUUGUGUGUGGGUUUUUUUUUUUUUUUAGUCCCCUAAUAUUUUUCUGUGGAACAGAAAAAAGUAACAGUUCACAGUUCUUAACUCAGUAUAUUUUUAUUGUGAAAAAGAACUACCGAAACUUAGAUAAAGGAAGGAGAAGCUGAAACAGCCUACUGCACAGGCGUUAGCACGUUAGGGACAGAGGGACAGAGUGGGGUGAACACCCUUCAAGACAAAAGAACCCUCUUCCCCUCCAUUUCCUCCUUGUGGAAGGAAGACCCACCAGAGCAGACCUUGCUUCCUUAGGUCUUUGGAUACUGACUGUUUUCCAAUAUCAACCUCCAAGAUGAUACCAGGGAAGUCCGAUGCUGUGGAAUGUGACUUUAUGCUCUUAAGAGAUUUAGAAAGAAAAACCGAAAUUAGGUACGUUGUUGAGGCUUAUAAUCCUCAAACUUUGUAUUUUAUAUACGUUUAGCCAAUAAGGAAUGAGUGUCUGGGGAAAUAAAUUUAGGCUCAAUAUCUAUCUUUUACUGUUUUAUUACUGCUUCUCCUGUGCUUUAGUUUGAAUGUUUGGGCUUUUGGACCUGAUUUCCUUGUAACCUCAAUUUAUAAAGCUGCAAGGAGGAGCGUGUUUGUUCUCAUUUCAGUCUUCUGCUAACAGGAAUCAGGCAAAAGUAAAUGAUGCUAGAUUUUUCCAAUGGGCUCUUUUCUACUCUGUAGGUGUUUUGUGUUGUACAGACCUUAUUGAGGUCAGGUAAAUUGGUCUGCUUGCUGUUGCAAUUUGCCUUCUAGCAAACAUCUGUGCUUUCUCUUUGACCUUGUGUUUGCUGCCAAAUCGAAUAUGGUUGAAUUGGAAACCAGAAAAAAAAAAGGGAAAAAAAAAAACCAAAAAGAAAGAAGUCUGUUUCCUCACCAGGUGACUACAUUCUCAUGAUGCUGCAUCAAAGCUGCCCUGAAGCUGCACUGGUCUUCUUGUUCUCUCUGUGCGGAGCUGUUUUUAAAAACAAAAACA